GAAACGCAUCUUCAAAACGCGAAUAUAAGAUAAUAUUUUUGGGCAUGGAGGAGAUUUUGGCUCCAAACAACUCUCCUUGCCGACGACAACACUGUGAGCUAACGAUGAGACCACGAAAAACCGUGGUCCCGACAGCCAACAGUUUUUCUUUGCGAUGGAAUCCACGGUUAAUCCAGUAUUCCACUUCAAAAAGCGUGCUAACCACGCGACCACCACGAGCCACCCGCCCACCACUAUAAAAGCCAACAGGGGAAGGAGUGUAGACUGUGGCCAACGAGAUUUAAAAUGCAGAGCCUACAGGAGAAGGCCUCGGAGUGGAGCGGAGUCUCCCAAAACGACGCCUUUGAAAUCGACAACACCAAUCUCUUUCAGAAAUUGGGCCUUCAGACCUUCAUCAACCUCUCCACCAAUUUCUACACCAGGGUUUAUGACGAUGAAGAGGAAUGGUUUCGUUUGAUUUUUGCUAAUUCUAAGAAAGAAGAAGCAAUUCAGAAUCAAUAUGAGUUCUUUGUACAGCGAAUGGGAGGGCCCCCUUUAUAUUCCCAAAGGAAAGGCCAUCCAGCGCUGAUUGGACGUCAUCGGCCAUUCCCCGUCACCCACCAAGCUGCGGAGAGGUGGUUGCAUCACAUGCAACAAGCACUGGAUAGUGUCACAGAAAUUGAUGCAGAUUCAAAAACCAAAAUGAUGAAUUUUUUCAGGCACACUGCUUUCUUCCUUGUGGCUGGAGAUGAGUUGAAGAAUCGUAACCAAGGAGUUCCCUGUAAGCAUGGAGCCAGCAAACCAGCUGCAGUAUGACAUAAUUUCUUGCUUCCAUUUUUAGAAGAACACAUUUAAGAUUUUACCAUUUAAAAACUACUUUGAUCUUAUUAUUAUAAAUGUGAAAAAGGGAUAAAAUUUUCACAGCCUUCAUAUCAAGAACAAUCUUGAAAAGUGAAUGUUUACAUCCAUAUCCAGAUUGAUUCACAAUAUCUAAUUAUAGAUCUGGGUUCUCGAGAUUAUUGAACA